CCAGUUAUUCUUCUGUUGGUCACACGCAGAACCUCGCCAUGCGGGUGCUCAUGGCCGCCUUUCUUGUCUGGACUCUGCUGUCUCCCCAGGGCCGUGGCGGGGAAGCCUGGCCCACACACACGGCCUGCAGGGAUGAGAGCUUGCAAGUCCUCUACCAGAGCUGCGACGCGUUACAAGAUUUUGGCUUGUCUGUUGACCAGUGUCUCAAACAACUAAAACCAAAUAUCAACAUCAGAUUUGGAAUCAUUCUGAGGGAGGAUAUCAAGGAGCUGUUUCUGGACAUCGCUCUCUUCAGUAAAGGCCUGUCCAUUCUGAACUUCUCCUACCCCAUCUGUGAAGUGGAUCUACCCAAGUUUUCUUUCUGCGGAAGAAGGAAAGGAGCACGUGCCAGGUCUGGACCCUUCCAGCAGAAGGAGGAUUACAAUAGCGUGAGCAAGAAUGAAGUUGGUUGGCAAACCGCAUCCUGGCUCUGGGUCUGCUCAUUUGAUGGCCUCAUUCAUUAACCAUAUAUUGUACCCCAGCCGUGUGUUGGGCUCUGUGCAGUGUACAGGGAGCUGUGUAAACCAGGAGACACAGAGGUCCUGACCGGAGAAGGAAACAGCCCUGUAAACAAUUGAGUAGAGUUCCGGGUGCUCAGUGAUUCAGGUGGUUCACAUAACAUUCUUGUCUACUGUGGCACCAGCACCUAGCAUAGCACCUGGCCUCUUUUAAAUGGACGCCAGUAGUGUGGGUUGGCGGAUGAACUAGGCAAGUCCUAGUUGAGUGUUUACCAUGCGCCCGUCCCUCUUCGAACUCUGUUGCAAGAGUCUUACGUGUGCAAAAUGUGCACAACACAUGGGGUGGGUAUUAUUACCACCCCAUUUCCUGGUAAGGAAACUGAGGCACAGAGAUGUUACAUAAUCCGUCUACCUGGCAAGAAAAAGAGUCAAGAUUCAAGCCCAGCCCGGACAGUCUGGCCCCAGAGUCUGUGCCACUCUGCUCGCCGUAUGCUAAGUGCACGGUGCUGGGGGAUCACGGAGGAGACGGCCACCGUCUGAGGUUUCAGUAUUCAACACUGACACGAACCCACCCGGCACCACGAUGUCUCAGCCCCUGGACCCCCUCACCUCCAACACCCAAGCCCCCCUUCCGCCUCAGCACUCUCUCCCACGUGAGCCCUGCACGCACGCGGUCCCUGCAGCAAGGGCGCCAUUUCUGAAAUCUCGCCGUCAAGCCGUCCUCCCCGUGGCUUCACCACAUCCUUCAGCUCAGGUACUCUAGGUCGUGGAUCGCAGUGAUGGAAACUCCAUUCAGCCGACUCCACCGCAGAUUUUACUAUCGAUCAACCCCUCCCGCCUUCAUCGUCUCCCGUACCCUCCUCAGAUUCCGUGGUCUGUUAUCAUCAACUUCCCUGCAUCUCUUCCCAACAGCCUUGCCUUCCUCUCCUUACAUUUGUCCAGCAGGACCCCAACUCAGCCGUCUAACCCCUCUACCCUUGAUCAGAGCUACUGAAUGUUGCUGAGAAAAUACGCAUCUGGGCUGACUGCAGUCUCUUGAAAUUUAUGCCACAAAUCUCAAAACAAAACCCAAAAAACAACAAACAAACAAACAAAUGCAACACUGCCUAGCAAUCCUGUCGUUUUUCAAGUAACUUUCUUCCGCACCGUCCACAUUCCCCCACCUCUUUGCCCAUGACCUUCACUAAGAAACAGAAGUAAUCAGACAGGAGCCUGCCACUGGUCCACUGGCCAAUCUACAGAUCUGCCUAUGUCUGAACCUGUUCUGCUCUGUUUUCUCUCCUAUAAACAUGGGAACAACCCUUGUGCUCCUCUCAGGGGCAAAUCCCUCCCCUCCCGCCUUCUGAAACACUCAUCCUUUCCAAUAUUUCCUCUCUUCUGCGUCUUCAAUCUCUCUCAAGAUCAUUAACUUCAAAUGACAAAUAUGGUACAGUGUCUCCACCUUAGAGAAACAACCUUCUUAACCCACACCCUCCUCCAGUUUUCAUUCAUUUUUUCUGCUUCUCUCACCUCCGUAUUGGUCUUCAACUCACCCCAUUUGGGCGUUUGUUCUCACUUCUCCAGUGUUUCUGUCAGGGUCACCAAAUGACCUCCAUGUUGCCAAGUCCACCACACAUGCCCGUCCUUAUCUUACGUAAAGUCUCAGCUGCAUUCAACAUGGUUGACUGUACCCUCCUUUUUGAAAACCAUCCAUCUCCUGGCUUCUCUGCCCCCUCCACUCCCUGGUUACCCUGCACUCCAUGGCCAUUCCUUCUUAGUCUCCUUGGCUGUCCUCCCCUCUUCUCCCUAACUCCUGAAUGCUGGAGGGACCCAGGAGUGGUCCUGGCCCUUCCCCCUUCCCUGCCUGUCAAGUCUGUCUUCUUAGGGGAGGCCUCAUUCUCAUCCUGCCUCCAGUAGGUCCUGGCUCUAUCCCUGACCUCUUCCCCCAUAUUCCAAAGUCAUGUGACCAACUGCUUUCAAGGACCCUUAAUAACCACCUCCCAGAAAUAGGAGUUAGUUAACACACUAACUAACUCUUUAGUUAACACACACACACACACACACACACACACACACUCCUUCUUCUCGAGCCUCCCCCAUCUCAGUGAAUGGUACCCCAUCUACCCAGAUGCUCAGUCCCAAACCCUCCCGAUACCAUCCUGAUUCCAUUAGUUUUUCUCCAUCUCCCCCCUACCACCAUGCUUCACCAACCCAUCGCUCUCCUCGGCCACUAAACAGCCUCCACUCUAGGCCUCUCCACACAGCAGAAUGAUCUCUUCCAAGCAUAGAUUAGGUAUCUUCACUUGACUUUUUGCCACCUGGCUCCUCACUGCGCCCUCAAGGUCCUGGAACAUCUGCCUCCCCUCAGUCUUUCCAAUCUCUUCCCAGCAUGGACCCCUGCGUUCACUCUGCUUUGGUAAAUCCAUCUGCCUUCCAUCCUUCCACAUUCUCAAACUCUUUUCCACAUCAGGGCCUUUGUCCCUAUUCCGCGGCGCUGCGGUGCUCUUCAUCCAGCUCUUUAAAUAACUGCUGUAUUUAAAAUAGAUAACCACCAACAAGGAGCUACUGUACAGAACAGGGAACUCAGCUCAAUAUUCUGUAAUAACCUAAACGGGAAAAG